CCUGCCCGAAACGCCAGAUUUUUUAUUUUUUUAUUUUUUAUUUUUAACCUUUGCGGUCUUUCGCAAUAUAUAGCAAUUUUUAUCUUAUUUUAUUUUUCUACCAUAAUUAAACGUAUUUCCUUGAAAAAAUAAUUUUAUAAAACCCCUCAGAAAUUCAUCCACCACCCUCCCUUACCGGCUCCGUCGCGGAGAAACACCGCAAAAUUCCGUCAAAACAAGAGCUCCAAUUCAAAAAAGGGUUUUUCCUUUUACAUUUUCCUUACAACUGCAAGACCAAUAAUAAAUCCACUUGCACCAAAUCCAUGGCAACACAAAAGUUUCAGAUUUUGUCCUCAUUCUUCAUGCGCCUUUGAAGUGUGCAACCCCUCUUUUCAGCUGCAACAACUUCAACGGUUUUCGAGGGUGUUUUCAGAACAUGGAUUCACGGAAGGGCAAAGCUUCUGUUCACGCAUCUUCGCUUAGUGUUGCACCUUUGAGUGUUUCAAAUAAGGUGGAUCAGAUGGUGUCGCCCCCUAGGCAUUUGAGAGCUGUUGAGACUGAUGUGGAUAUAGACCUUAGGGAAAUUUACUUUUUAAUCAUGCACUUUUUGUCUGUCGGGCCAUGCCGUAGGACUUUUCUAAAUUUCAAGGAGGAACUUUUAGAGCAUCAGCUUCUACCUAGAAGAUAUCAUGCUUGGUUUUCAAGAAGUGGUGAACCCAGAGUGGAUGAUGCUGAUGAAGAUGAUGGCAUCUCUUUACCUUUAGAUUACAGCAAUUUAGUGGGCAGGUAUCCUCACAUAACUAAGGAUCAUUUGGUAAAGCUUUUGAAGCAAUUGAUGCUGAGUACGGUCCAUCCUUUGCAUGGGAAACUUGAAGGAAGUAGUCCUAAUGCAGCUGAUGUUCCUACUUUACUUGGAUAUGGUUCAUUUUCGCUUCUUGAUAUUGAUAGAAAAACAGCUGACAAGCUGGUGAAGCCCCCUCUACUUUACAUGCGUUGGCCGCACAUGAAGGCUAAUCAGGUUCAGGGGCUAAGUUUAAGGGAGACUGGAGGUGGUUUUGCAAAGCACCAUCGUGCUCCUUCCAUUCGCAGUGCAUGUUAUGCUAUUGCCAAACCAUCUACUAUGGUGCAAAAGAUGCAAAAUAUUAAAAAGCUAAGGGGGCACCGUGUAGCUGUCUAUUGUGCCAUAUUUGAUGGAUCCGGGAGAUAUGUUAUUAGUGGUUCAGAUGAUCGUCUUGUCAAGAUUUGGUAUAUGGAAACUGCAUUUUGCUUAGCUAGUUGCCGUGGACAUGAAGGUGAUAUUACUGACUUGGCUGUAAGCUCAAACAAUGCUUUGGUGGCAUCUGCUUCAAAUGAUUUUGUCAUUCGAGUUUGGCGCUUACCAGAUGGGAUGCCAAUAUCGGUUUUGCGGGGACAUACUGGAGCAGUUAAUACUAUUACAUUUAGUCCCAGUGUUAUAUACCAGCUACUAUCGUCAUCAGAUGAUGGAACUUGUAGAAUAUGGGAUGCAAGAAAUUCACACAAUCCACGAAUAUAUGUGCCUCGACCUCUAGAUGCUAUAAAUGGGAAGAGCAAUGCUCCACCAGCUAGUUUGCCAUCAUCCUCAAGCAAUGGUCAACAAAGUUAUCAAGUACUUUGUUGUGCAUAUAAUGCAAAUGGAACUGUUUUUGUUACUGGUAGCUCUGAUACUUAUGCCAGGGUGUGGAGUGCUUUGAAACCCAACACUGAUGACUCAGAACAACCAAUACACGAGAUGGAUUUAUUAUCUGGUCAUGAGAAUGAUGUUAAUUAUGUGCAGUUUAGUGGUUGCUCCGUGGCUUCAAAAAUUUUGACAUCUGACCCCUGGAAAGAAGAAAAUACGCUGAAGUUCCGAAAUUUCUGGUAUUGUCAUGAUAACAUAGUUACCUGCUCUCGUGAUGGAAGUGCAAUUAUAUGGGUUCCCAGAUCACGUAAAUCUCAUGGAAAAGUAGGACGCUGGACUCGUGCAUAUCAUUUAAAAGUGCCACCACCGCCUCUGCCUCCCCAACCUCCACGAGGUGGUCCAAGGCAGAGAUUUCUACCUACUCCUCGUGGUGUCAAUAUGAUUAUAUGGAGCCUGGACAAUCGCUUUGUGCUUGCCGCUAUUAUGGAUUGCAGAAUAUGUGUUUGGAAUGCAGUUGAUGGCAGCUUAGUGCACUCUUUGACUGGUCAUACUGAAUCCUCUUAUGUUUUGGAUGUUCACCCUUUCAACCCUCGAAUAGCUAUGAGUGCUGGGUAUGAUGGACGAACCAUUGUGUGGGAUAUAUGGGAGGGCAUACCUAUUCGGACAUAUGAAAUUGGACAUUUUAAGUUGGUUGAUGGGAAGUUUUCUCCGGAUGGAACAUCAAUUGUGCUUUCAGAUGAUGUUGGCCAAAUAUAUUUUCUGAACACAGGUCAAGGCGAGUCCCAAAAAGAUGCCAAAUAUGAUCAGUUUUUUCUUGGUGAUUAUCGACCCCUUAUUCAGGAUACUCAAGGAAAUGUUCUUGAUCAGGAGACUCAACUUCCACCACACAGAAGAAACAUUCAGGAACCCCUAUGUGAUUCUAGUAUGAUGCCAUAUCCAGAACCUUAUCAGAGUCAAUUUCAGCAACGUCGACUUGGUGCACUUGGCAUUGAAUGGCGUCCUUCAUUGAUAAAAUAUGCUGUUGGUCCAGAUUUUAGUGUUGGUCAGGACUACCCAGUGGUACCUUUGGUAGACUUGGAAGGAAUGGUUGAGCCACAACCAGAGUUCUUGGAUGCCAUGUUCUGGGAGCCAGAAUAUGACAUUAUUGUAAGUGAUGAUAAUGACUCUGAAUACAAUGUGAAUGAGGAUAGUUCUAGUGCAGCCGGGCAAGGGAGUGUUAUCUCUUCUAGUGAUCUAGAAUACAGUGAAGAUGACUCUAGUAAUAGGGACGGCCUUCGAAGAUCAAGAAGGAAAAAACAUAAUGUUGGAGUUGAGGUAAUGACUUCCUCUGGAAGGUGUGUAAGGAAAAGGAAUUUGGAUGAGUGUAAUGGUAAUACUUCUGGAAGUAACAGACUCCGCAAGAAAUCCAAGGGCAGCUCAAAACCCUCAAAAAGGAAAUCUUCCAAAGCUAAGACAUUGAGACCCCAACGAAUUGCUGCACAUAAUGCUCGUAGUAUGUUCUCUCAAAUUGAUGAAGCAUCUACUGAUGGGGAAGAUAAUGAUUCUGAUGAAGAAGCAUCAGACAGUUUCCAAGAUCCUGAUGAUCUUAGUGAACCUGAGAUGGAAAUGAAUAAUAAGCAUGUUGAACUUAAAAUUCCCCUUUUAGAAAAGUUUGCAACUGUGUCCAAGCCUCCUGCAUUCUGUGAGUCCCAGGCAAAUGUUGAAACUAGACCGAGACUGGUUGUUAAGUUUUCACUUCGUGAUUCUAAGAAGAAUGUGCCCACAGAGGACACAAGACUAGCUUGUGAGACUCAGGAUAAUAUGGUAUGCCAGUCUUUUAGACCUCAACCUGAAGAAAGUGAUCAAAAAACUUUUCCAGACACAAAAUCGUUGGACCCUGCAUUAUCUUCUAUGGCUGCACCUAAUGCUAAACUUCCCCAAAGCCUCGACAGAAAUGAAAAUGAUGAUAAAGAACAAACUGAAAAUAUUACAAAUGAUCUGGAUGCAUCCAGAUAUGUUGAGGCAAACACAGAUCAGUGCAGAAAAAUGAAGACACAUACACACGAACUUUCAAGAUCAGGGGAUGCUUUGCUGACUGAUGCUGAAAUUGAUGACCAUCUUGAACAAAAUGCCAAUGGGUAUGUAAAGCCUGAGAUGAAUCUCACAAAAAGGAGAUCAGAACAAGUGAUUGGCAAGUUAGAGACUGUCGGGAGUAUGGUUAAUACAGAGCUGACUGAUUUUGAAGAUGCACCUAAAUUUUCAUCACUUGAACCUUCAUUGUUUUGCAAUCCUCAGCCAAAUGCUGAAGGCUCCUUGACAUCUGGUUAUGAUAAGUUCCAUGGUGGUGAUAAAGGCCAAUCUGGAUCUGAGAAAUGUGCAGAGGACUCACUAGAAAACAAUGAAGUUGUUCAAUCAAGCCACUGCCGUAACCUCAAAAUGAAAGCGCCUGUGAAAUCAACCAAGUUAGUUAUUAAAAAGAAACAAAUUUCACCAGACACUGAAGGUUCUUGCAAACUGAAGAUUGUUAGUUCUAAGGCAGAUUCAACUGGUGCUAGAGGUAUUGUAAUAUCUGGAAGUUCCUCCUUUAUGGGGCCUAAUCUAGUCACAGAAGUACCAGAAGGUGAAGAUGACAGAAAAUUUAGUUCUCCACAGCUACUGCAUUCAUAUUCUGACAAGAGAAGUUAUGAUCAUGUCCAUAAAAGGGACAAGUCAUAUAAAGGUAAAGUCAAUCAAGAUGGUUUUGAAUCUUUUGAUUGUGAUACGGAAGAACAUACUUCUGUUUUCAGCAAUCCACAUGGUUUAGGAAUUGGUUUGUUUGAUGUUACAAGUGAUCCUAUGCGUCAAACACGAUCUAUAAGGAUGAAGACAACUUCUGAGGAGCCAAGCACUUCUAACAGAAGAAUUAAAAUUCGACAGGGUCAAAGCUCCAGGGGCAAACCUGAAGAGGGUGUCAAUGAUUCUGGUACUUCAACUCGAAGGGUGUCAAAUCACCAUGUCAAAAAAUUGUCAUGGCUGAUGUUGUCAGAGCUUGAAGAGGGUUACCGAUAUAUUCCUCAACUUGGUGAUGAAGUUGUGUACUUUAGACAGGGCCAUCAAGAGUACAUAGAGUCAUAUUCAUUAUCUGAAUCAGGUCCAUGGAGACUAUUUGUAGGACUAGGUGCUUCUGAAAUUUGCAAGGUUGAAGAACUUGAGUAUGCGGAGCUACCAGGCUCUGGGGAUAGCUGUUGUAAACUUAAACUUAGAUUUGUGGAUCCUUCUUCGUGUGUGCAUGGCAAAUCAUUUAAAUUAACUCUACCUGAAUUGAUUAACUUCACUGACUUUGUUAUUGAGAAAACAUGGUAUGAUACUGCCAUGAAGAGAAAUUGGUCUUCAAGAGAUAAAUGCAUGGUCUGGUGGAGAAAUGAAGAUGGGAAAGGUGGAAGUUGGUGGGAUGGUCGGAUUAUUCAAGUGCAGGCCAAGUCUGAUGACUUCCCUAACAGUCCCUGGGAAAGGUAUCGGGUCCAGUACAAGACUGAUCCAAGCGAGAAUCAUCUGCAUAGUCCGUGGGAACUAUAUGAUCCUGAGAUGCUGUGGGAGCAUCCCCACAUUGAUCAUGAGAUCAGAGAUAAGCUGCUUUCCUAUUUCAUCAAAUUAGACCACAGGCAGAGGUUUGAUAUCCAAGCAUUGAACCAAGUAGCUGAGAGGUUAGAGUUUGCAAACAGGUUUCCUGCCCCAUUCUAUCCUGAACUAAUUCAAUCAAGAUUGAAGAAUGACUACUAUCGGAGUGUGGAAGGUGUGAAGCAUGAUAUAAUGGUAAUGUUAUCAAAUGCUGAAGAAUACUUUAAAAUUACAAAAAAUGCUCAGCUGGUGAGCAAGAUCAGGAGAAUAUCAGAAUGGUUUAGAAGGAAACUUGAAAGGAUAUAGAAAGCUCAAAUUGGGUUUUAUAGGCUUCUUCUAACAUUGUUUUGCAUUCUUUAAUCCAAUUUUGGAGAAUUAGUUGGUGUUUAAGUUGGUUUUAUAAAAUGAAAAAGGUCAUUGGUGGUGGUAAAUAUCAGCUGUCACGUCCUUGUUAAUGCCAAUUGUCGUUACGAGGCAUCUUCGGCUUUAUAACUUUGAUUACGAAUUUCAAUGUUUUGUUGGUUUUGCCUAGGCCUCCGCUAAAGCUGAGUUUAAGCUUCAAUAGAAAGUAGUCUAAAAGCAAUAAAAUAUUCCAUUCCCUACUCGUCA